CGUUGCGGCGGGAGCCCCGUCCCGCCGCGUGCCGCCGCCAUUAUGCGCUUCCGCGCCAAGAUCGUGGAUCUCGCCUGCCUCAACCACUUCAGCCGGGUGGUGAACACGGUGGCCAGGCUGGCCAAGACCUGCAGCCUGCGCCUCACGGCCGACAAGCUGUAUUUCAUCCUCUCGGAUAAAGUGGCGAACGGAGGCGUCAGCGUGUGGUGCGAGCUGUGCCAGGGGAAUUUCUUUGAUGAGUUCCAGAUGGAAGGAGUAGCUGCAGAGCACAAUGAAAUCUAUUUGGAGCUAGUGCCUGAGAACCUGUCAAGAGCAUUAAAAACAGCCCAGAAUGCUAAGACAGUGAAGAUCAAGCUGACCAACAAACACUGUCCUUGUCUCACAGUAGCUGUGGAGCUACCAUCCUUGUCAAGCAGCAGUCGAAUUGUGACACAUGACAUUCCAGUGGGGGUUAUUCCCAGAAGAUUAUGGAAUGACUUCAGAGAGCCCAGUGUGCCAGACUUCGAUGUCAGUAUUUACCUACCAGUAUUAAAAACAAUGAAGAGUGUGGUGGAGAGAAUGAAGAACCUCAGCAAUUGCAUUGUGAUUGAAGCAAACUUGAGUGGAGAAAUGAACUUGAAAAUAGAAACUGAUUUAGUGUCUGUAACAACACAUUUUAAAGACUUAGGAAAUCCUCCCUGGGCAUCAGACGAUGAAUGUCAAAGUUCUGCUCAAGGCAGAGAUCCAGAGACCAUGGCUGAGGCACGCAUAGAUAUCAAGAAGCUGCUGCAGCUGCUUGCAGGACAGCAAGUCAAUCCCACAAAAGCUUUGUGCAAUAUUGUAAGUAGAAGGAUCGUCCACUUCAUCUUGCUCCAUGAGGACGUUUCACUUCAGUAUUUCAUUCCGGCACUUGCAUGAAUGCUCUUGAAUCUCCAUCAUUUUCCAGUCCGAGGCCUUUUCCACAAAGCAUGAGACAAGUAUGAGUUGCUGGAGUACUCUCAUGUGAUAUGCUGUUGGAUGCAGGCGUGAGCUGGUCAUUAUAUCUGUUUUUAUGAAGUUACCAAAGAAUUUCUGCAUCCAGAAGACCAUUUUUGCGAAGCAUUGCUGCUAUGAGAGACACGCAGCAUUGGAGAGCUGGCAUAUCUGAGUGUUACAGAGAGAAGAACUUUUGGAAAUCUGCAUAUGCUUUUAGUAUGCUUUGAGCUGCGGGAAAAGAAAUGUAAUUUUUUUUUCCUCUUCAACAAACAUCAAGGCAGAAUUGACUUCUAGAGUUCAUGCUGGAUGUAUUCAGUAUCAGACAACACAGCUCUGAGUUAAGGGAUCCCUAAGCAGGCUGUUGUAUAUGUGUAGGGCAGGAUAACAUUCUGCAGAGCUGACACAUCGGUAUUUUUCAGGUUAAGAGAGCAAUUAGUGUUGCUGUUCUUGCAGAUAGAGAAGGCUGGAGGAGCGGCAGUGGUCAAUACAACGGUAUACACAAGGGUUGAUGGGGUAUUCCUAUAGCCCACUGCAAGUAUUAUUGCUGUUCUAAACUCCAUCACCUUCCAGGCCCAUGUAUCAUGGUAGGUGCUGUUUUAUGUCUUAGGCACAGAAUAGAAUACUUGAGCUCCAUACCUGUUUAACUGUGCACAUCUGGGCUGUUUUCUUAAAGAAUGAGAAAGGUGAAGAGAGGUGAAUCACUUGGUUCUUACCUUUGUAUCUUAGGGAGCCAGGCUAGCAUUAGAGUUCUUUGCUGCUAUUUUGCAGUGGUCAGAUAAUCUGAAAUGCAUCUGUCAAGUGUGUUAGAGAGUCAGAUGAUCUGUCCUAAAGGUGUGACAAAGCAUGUGUUAUGUUCAGCACCAACUGUUCAUGUUGUUAAUGCAACUCAAGUGGAAGCAUCUUUUACUGUACUGUACUACUGCCCUGGUCCUCAGUUUCUUAUAUUCCAAAUCUUUAAAAAAAUUCUGAGAGUAUCUCUAAGCUAGCAAAUAGAAAUAACAUCCCACAAGAAGAGACUAGUAUUCUAGCCUGCUUGUUUGGGCUUGUUCAUGUAAAUGUCCAAUCUGCUACUGUUUUUCCAUCCUGUCCCUGCCUGACCUCUGUGUCCAGAUGUGUCAGAGCAUGCUCUGUUUUCUUUUCUUCCCUCUUCAUGAAAAACUGAUGUAGAACGGGCAGUCUACCUUGGCAUCUUACUUCCGCCCUCUGAACACCAUAUGAUAACAAAAUGGGAUAUAAAGGAACACUACAGAGGUUAAAUGUGCUGUAGGUAACUGAAACUGAGAAAAUCUGUUUGUAUCUAGAAAGCUAAGUUCCUUAAGAAGAGUUUUGCUGGUAUAGGACCAAAGAUUCGGGACCUGGAACUGCACUUUAGGCCUCCUGUAACUGGAAACAGUACAGGCUCUUCAGCUUUCAGAUGAAGUCUAUCUGCCAUAGCAAGUACCUAACUCCUCCUGGGAGUUAAGCACUUAAUUAGUGAAGCUGUAGUGUCCUAUGAUGCUUAAAACAGUCUAGGGCUUUUUUUCUGUUUUGAAAAAGUAGUUCCAACACCCCAUGCUCAAGAGUGAAUGUACCCUUAUGCUGCAAACUAUACCAGAAUAGGGAGUUGAUGUGUAUUAAACCUAACCAUUUUUUUACUCUGCCUGUUCAGGAAAUAAGAUUAUUUUUCCUUCUUUUAUGCUAACUAGUGAACUCCCUAAGCAGAAAGCAUUUUCCAAAUCCUGUUUCCACAACCAACUACAGUUACCCCCUAAAAUCUGUGUGUAAUCAAAAUCACUGUAAAUCAAGUUACAUGGAUUUGCAUGGUAGAGGUAUACAAUAAAAUAUUCUUGAAUUGUCUUCCGAA